AUGCUGAGACUGACGUUGGAUAUAGAUGACGGCCCUGCCAUCCAGGACGCUCUGCAGGAAAUCACCAACCAGCGCACCGUUCCCAACAUCUUCAUCAACCAUAAGCACAUCGGCGGCAACUCUGAUCUCGUUGCUAAGGCCGGCCAGUUGUCUGCUUUAUUGAAGGAAGCCGGUGCCCUCUAG